AUGAAGACUGCAGUAGCUGCAUUGUGCCUGUUGGGGGUGCUGUGUAUCAGUCGCGGCGCGGCACAGGGUGCGGCAACGUCCACCACUUUUCAGCUCAUGAAAGAGACUGCAGUGUCGUACAUGGGAGAGUUGCCCUGUGGCGACUGGGACUGCGAGUGUGCCUUCAAGCGCCAGCGAGGCUGCUGCUGCGUUGCCGACGACGCCAUGAAGCUGGAGGACAACACCAUCGAGCGCCUGGUGCAGAUCUACAUGGGCAUCGACGACCUCGCCAACCAGGUUAAAGAGUUCACAGGUCCUGCCACCAAGGUUGCCUUCACAGCGAUGGACGUCAGGCUGGAGAACGGCAACAACUGCUUUGGCCCCUUCACCACUGAGGUCUGCAUCCCCUUCAACACCAUCAGCCUCAACGAGGGCAAUGGCUACAAGCCCACGCUUGGCAUCUUCACGGCCCCUCGUUCCGGCUACUACUCCUUCACCUACUCCAUCUACUCCAACGUGGGUGCGCAGGGCAACCGCCUGUACUACCUGGCGCGGCUGAUGCUGGACGGAGAGGUGGUGGCCUCUUCCUGGGAGGACAACCGCGAGGACUCAGAGGACAACGCCUCCCAGACCGUGGUGCUGAGGGUGCGGCGCGGUUGCCAGGUGUACGUGCAGCUCUACUCCGGGCGCCAGCUGUGCGGGCAGCAGCCGGGACGCAGCACCUUCAGCGGCUUCCUGCUCUACCCCAUCACCGACUGA